AUGGAGCCUCAACAGUCGCAACCGCCUCAUUCCCGCCCGCCAUUGCAUCCUCAUCUCCACAGCAUCCGGCCGCCUUCACCGUUGAACAUCCCGCAUCGGACUACCAAUAGCACGCCAGUAUCGUCGCCGGGUCUCUUCAGUCCGACCCUCCCCCGCUCGACUAUGUCUCUGCCGCCUUCGCAGCCGGGCUCCGAGGCGGCGACCCCCGGCGGCGUCAACACACCUCUUUUGCACCCGCUGCAGGGACACAAGGUUCGAGAGACGCACAAGGCGAACGUCGAACACGACAUCACAACGGGUCGGAAGUGUAUCAAUAACUAUGAGAUCAUUGAGGAGCUCGGUCGUGGCAUGCAUGGCAAGGUCAAACUCGCUCGGAAUAUGGACAAUGGCGAGCUUGUGGCCAUCAAAAUCAUCCCAAGGUUUUCCAAAAAGAGACGGCUUGGCAAGGUAACGGCAAUGUCCACUCAGGACAAGAGCAAGCGGGAAAUCGCCAUUCUGAAGAAGAUACGCCAUCCCAACAUCGUCGGCCUCCUCGAAAUCAUUGACGACCCUGAGCUCAAGAAGAUAUAUAUGGUACUUGAACAUGUCGAGCUAGGCGAGGUGGUGUGGAGAAAGAAGGGCCUCCCUCAUAUCUGCGCAUUCGAACGACGCCGUGUCGAGAGGGAGAUGCGGGGUGAGAACCCUACACCCGAGGAAGAACGGUAUGAGCGCCAGAUGGAACAGCGUCGAAAGCUGAAGGAUUCUGUGAGGGUAAGGAAGGCAGCUAAGGAACUUGCGCCGGCUCAUGACUACUGGAGCCUUGAGUACGGCCCCAACGAGGACGAGGAGUUUGAAGACGUCGACACACGUUCCGACUCCUUGGCUGGUUCCAGAGCCACCUCACGAGCACCUUCUCGGACGCAUUCAACCAAGUCCCUUCCUAGAGCCGGGACCUCUCAUCCAGCCGAAUCGGACCUCGCCUCGAUACCCAACGAUACCGAGCUUGAGCUGCCCGGAUCCCUGACAUCCAACGCCGGCUCCUCCACGGCACUUGAAGGAACCAUGUACGGAGCGUACGUGGAGGAUCCCAUCGUGCGAGAAAGGUCGCCCAGCAUGGCCGAUUCGAUCAUCUCGCACAUGUCGUCGGUGGACUAUAACAGGGUCCACGAUCCCUUUGUGGAUGACUUCUCUUACGUGCCGUGCUUCACGAUGGAACAGGCCAGGAACGCGUUCCGCGACACAGUCUUGGGUCUGGAGUACCUCCAUUACGAGGGCGUUGUGCACCGGGACAUCAAACCGGCGAACCUCCUUUGGACCAAAGAGCACCGUGUCAAGAUCGCCGAUUUUGGCGUGUCCUAUUUUGGGCGGCCGGUCCGAGACGGAGAGCCCGACGAUACUAUCUCCGAGUCCGAAGCCCGCGAUUUCGACAAUGACCUUGAGCUUGCCAAGACAGUUGGCACUCCGGCCUUUUUCGCGCCCGAGCUUUGCUAUACCGAUAUGCACAAUAAUCGCCCCGGCGUCCAGCCCAGGGUCACUGAACAGAUCGAUGUCUGGUCCCUGGGUGUCACACUCUACUGCCUAAUCUUCGCCCGUAUCCCGUUCCUAGCCGAAGACGAGUGGCAGAUGUUUAGGAAGAUCGCCAACGAGGACGUUUACAUUCCAAAAAGACGCCUGAAACCGGUUGACCCUUCCACCAAACCGAUCGAAAAGUCGCUUUAUACACGCGUCAACAAGCCGCCGUAUCGUCACGACGAUGAGCUCGCAUAUGAAGACAUCGACCGGGAGCUCGAGGACCUACUCAGAAAGAUGCUUACCAAGAACCCGGAGAAGAGGAUUCGCUUGCGUGACGUGAAGCGACAUCCCUGGGUGCUUCAGGGCAUGGACCUCAUGUCCUGGCUGGACGACACUGACCCUUCACGAAGAACAUCCGGUCAAAAGAUCCAGGUUGAUGACCGGGAAGUGGCCCGUGCUGUGGUUCCCCUGACCUUCCUUGAGCGCGCAAGGUCGGCGGUCAAGAAAGCAGUGGGAAAGGUAAUGCAUCCUCGCGGGGAGCGAACCGAGAGCGUAUCGUCGCGGCGGCGCGCUACCAGCAGCGCCACCAGUUCUGCGGGUGAGAGCGGCAUCGCAACCGGCCAGAAUACCCCCAACUAUCGCGAUGCACGGCGCAAAAGCAUACGACCGGAUGAUAGCUAUUUUGGCACCUCGCAGCCGUCAAGCGAGCAUCCGCUAACACAAAGCGUGCUGGCCAGUCCGCAAGAUGAGUCCCCCGGGGCCGUGGCCGCUUCAUCUGUGCAACAAGCAUCAUCAGCUACCAGGCACACAUCCCGCCAGCUGCUCGAGCUGGUGACUAAUCUCUCCGCGAGGGAAGAGCAAUGGGACCGGCCUUCAUCCCCCUCACCUCACAGGUCACUCCGACAUGGCCAUGCUCGGUCCAUCACAAACGCUUUUCUGUCACUUACUCCGGACCCGAUUGAGACGCAGACGCUCCCACCCACCCCACUUUUCAAUGCUUCUUCAGAGGACCCUAUGAAUGCGUUAAGGAAGUCCCGCGACAUGAAGCCUACCGCAGAAGAGUCCGGACGAGCACGAUCCGUUGACCGCGGUCUGUUCGCAAGCACCGACAAACGCGCCGAAGCCAAGGUUUCGCUGAGCACGGCUGUCGCUCCAGGCAACGUGCUUCGCCCCCGCCCUGUACGCUCGAUUGAACUAGCAAAGGGGCUAGAGCGGGCUCCCUCCCCGAAAGUGCCCUUGACUUCUUCUGGUUCCUUAACAGGGUACCAGCACGGCCAAUUCAAGUCUGAUCCCAACAUCCACAACAAGCAGUGUGCCCUUGUCGAGUUGGAAGAGAGGCCCGUGACGGCUCACCGUGUCAAGGACUUCGGUGCCGCCAGAGCAUUGCAGCAUUUCCAACACAAGCCGUCGAACUCGGAGCCAGCUAGUGCCGCGUUUGAAAACGGAACCCGACCCCUUUCCCCUGACGAUGAGACAUUUCACCCGCUGCCGCUUUCCCGGGGUGAGACUAUUGCGACUGGCAAAUCGUCGAGCUCAACUUCGAUGGGCGCACUCAUAACGCCGUUGACAAGCCCUAGUGAGUCGGCGAGCCCGAUCUAUGGGCUCAAUGGCCGCAUGGCCAAAGAGGCUACGAGCCAGAUGCUCGCUUUUCAGUCAGACCCUUCGCUGCCGGCCCUUCUUAGCAGCACCAGCUCGGUAUCGGCGGACCUCGAAGGCGAAUUUCUCUGUAGUCCAGGACUCCUCGAACGGUCCUCUGUGAUUGACACCACCGACUCUCUCACACCUCCGGCCUUUACGAAGGAGCAUGUGUCGGGAUUUCCGCUCGAGCAGACGGAGGAGGCCUUGGCGAGGGAUGGGGUAGUUGCCGUAGAGCUGGACGAGGCUGCAACUCGACUGGCAGUAGGGGGUAACUCCCCUACACACCGGCCGAGAGAAGCGCGCAGUUACACGGACAAUCACGACGAUGACAGCGACAGUGAUGAGGGGCUGACUAUGGCCUCUGCUAAGCCGAAGUGGAGGACGAGCGAGACUCCCAGAGACGCGACAGCAUCGCCGUCGACGGGGAGGUUGUUGGCCGUGGGGAGCGCGCGGCGCAGAGACACGAACGCAAGCAUUGGCAGCACUGAAACGGCCAAAAAGCUCGUCGUGGAUAGCGACUGA